AUGGAUGCAGCCCUGGUCUCCAGGAGGCAAAGCAUCCCAGAGGAGUUCAGAGGGGUCACCAUCGUGGAGCUGAUUAAGAAGGAAGGAAGCACCCUUGGGUUAACCAUUUCAGGUGGCACGGACAAAGAUGGAAAGCCAAGAGUCUCCAAUCUGAGGCCAGGAGGACUGGCUGCAAGAAGUGACCAGCUGAACGUUGGAGAUUACAUCAAAUCAGUGAAUGGCAUUAACCUGACGAAACUGCGGCACGAUGAGAUCAUAAGCCUGCUGAAAAAUGUGGGCGAAAGGGUAGUGCUGGAAGUAGAGUAUGAGCUUCCGCCAGCCGUGCCAGAGAGCAGUGCUGGCAUUAUUCCCAAGACCAUCGAGGUGUCCCUCUACAAGGAAGGCAACAGCUUUGGCUUCGUGCUGAGAGGGGGAGCCCAUGAAGACUGGCACAAGUCCAGACCGCUGGUGCUCACCUACGUGAGGCCAGGUGGCCCAGCAGACAGGGAAGGGUCCUUGAAAAUUGGGGACAGGCUGCUGAGCGUUGAUGGGAUCCCUCUGCACAGCAUGACCCAUGCUGACGCCCUCAACAUCCUGCGGCAGUGCAGCCAGGAGGCACUCUUCCAGAUCGAGUAUGAUGUGACCAUCAUGGAUACUGUAGCAAAUGCUUCAGGUCCUUUACUAGUUGAAAUAGCAAAGACUCCAGGGUCUACACUAGGAAUCACACUGACGACAACCACGCACCGGAACAAGCAGGUCAUUGUCAUCGACAAGAUCAAGCCGGCCAGCGUGGUGGACAGAUGUGGCGCAUUGCAUGUUGGCGACCAUAUUCUCUCCAUUGAUGGCACAAGCACAGAGCACUGCUCCUUAUUAGAGGCAACUCAGCUCUUAGCUGCCACUUCGGAAAAUGUCAAGCUGGAGAUAUUACCUGUUCACCAAAGCAGGCUGCCUUUGAAGCCUCCAGAAACAGUCAAGGUGCAGAAGAGCGACCACCACCACUGCUGGGACCCCUGUGUCAACUACUGUCAUACCCACCACCCCGGGCACUGCAAGACACCCACAUGGAACCAGACGUCCGGACAGGAUUACUGCAAAUCUCUGGUGGCUGCCACCUUCUCGUCUCCCACCAUGAAUGCGCAGGGCUUCCCCUGCCAGAACUCAAACACACUACCUCGCAGCUCCCACCCCAUGAGCCCCCGCACCACCAUGCUGAGGAGGAGGCAGAAGAAGAAGGAGCACAAGAGCUCACUGUCACUGGCCUCCAGCACGGUGGGUCCUGGCGGGCAGAUAGUCCACACGGAGACAACAGAGGUGGUGCUCAGGGGAGACCCUUUGAAUGGCUUCGGACUUCAGCUCCAGGGAGGCAUCUUUGCUACUGAAACCCUGUCUUCCCCACCUCUCGUCCGUUUUAUUGAGCCUGACAGCCCGGCAGAGAGGUUAGAGACCUUGCCCUUGGAUGCUGAUGGUGCUGCUGCUGAACAUUUCAUGGUUUGGUGUGGGCUGCUGCAAGUAGGAGACAGAGUCCUUUCUAUCAAUGGCAUUGCGACUGAGGAUGGGACUAUGGAGGAAGCUAAUCAGCUUUUACGUGAUGCCGCGCUCACGAACAAAGUGGUGCUCGAGAUUGAAUUUGAUGUCGCAGAGUCUGUCAUACCCAGCAGCGGUACUUUCCACGUUAAAUUGCCCAAGAAAAGGGGUGUAGAGCUUGGAAUUACAAUCAGCU